AUGGAGAAACAAAGGCUAAUUGCCGAACAGGUUCACGACCUCAGUAUGGAGCCCACAGACCCAACGAUGAGGACGAUGAAGACCGCCCUGCACGAGGACCUAAGGAGCGACAUCAAACAUCUCCCAAAGAACCUCCAUCACGACGACUAUAUCAUUGUCAACGUCGGACCUUCUAUCGUCCCCGCAUACCUCCCAUCCUUCCGCAUCUUCCAGUACAACAUCACCGACUAUAGCGGUCCCAAGAUUACGGAUGAUAUCCAGUACACCACCGAGUCCUGGAACGCCCUCAAAGUCCCCCCCUCGGAAUACGACGCGCACGACGAAGAUGAAUCCGUGGAGGUCCACCCGGCGUACCGACCUUUCGUACCCCGCGUGUUCCGUAAUAACCGCGACGGUGUUGAUGCGAACGGAAAGCGGAGACACCACCACCGUCACCCCGAAAAACCAGACUGCUCUAAGCCCGAGAACAAGGAAAAGUACGCGUGUAGGCCUUGGGGUCCGCGCCACGCGAGCCCAGAUUCGCCCAGCCGGACUAACCGUCUCUGGUCGCUCCUUGGCUACGCACAAUACUACCUCCCCGACGUGGCAGAAGCGACGGAGAAGAAGCCGCCCAAGUUCAAGUUGGAGUAUGUGACACAUGCGGUGGAGGCGCUUCGUCCGCCGAACACGACCGAUGCGAAUGUGACGCGCAAGUGGAUUCCACCGGUGCCGAAACAUUUAUUGCCAAAGUCGCUAAGGCAGGAGAAUCGGACCAAGAGCAAGUUUGCGCCGUAUACGAUGGAUGAUUUGACGAUUCCGAGUUGGAUUGAGUUGGCGACGAGGUUGGGGAAGAGUAAAAAGAUGUGGCAAAAGUUCCUCGGAUUUAUGUACAUGGGGGAGAAUGUGGAGGGAGAUGGGAAGAAGAAGAAGGUCGAGUUGGUGGAUGGGGAGGAGGGAUGGUCGGACGUGCAGGCACCGUCGCUCGAAGAUAUUCUGCUGGAUGAUUUGCUGGAUCUAAAGGAUGAGUAG